AUGGCUACACAACCUUCAGAGAAAGACCAUGGAGACAUAGGUCUUGUUCAGGCACCUGUCUUCACCAACGGUGCCGAAAAUGAGAAAGUUACGCCCAUUGGAUCCCUUGAAAGGUCUGUCGAUGAAUCGUCUAAGGGUUCCGAUCCUCACGACGCCCCAGCUGAGAACAACCCUGUGAUCUACACUCUGGGGCAAGACGGAAAGGAGGAGAUUGUCACAGAAGACGAUGCCCGUGUCAAAGACAUCCCGCCAUACGUUCGACGCAUUGUAAGCUUCACAGAUGACACGACCCUACCUACCAUCACCUUCAGAUAUUUCCUCCUGGUGUUCUUGUUUGUCACUCCUGGAGCCUUCCUGUCCAUGAUGGCCCACUACAGAACAACAUAUGCGCCCUAUUCGGUCUUCUUUGUCCAAAUCGCCUCCAACUACGUCGGAAUAUGGCUGUCAAAGAUCCUACCCGCGUGGAAUAUCAAGAUUCCAUUCACGAAAUGGGGCUUCAGUCUCAACCCGGGGCCCUUUAGUGUCAAGGAGCAUGUGCUGGUGACAAUAGCGGCCGCCUCUGGAGCCACAUAUAAUUUAGGUUACACCCCUAUUUCCAUGUCAGAACUAUAUUUUGGCCAGAAGGAAAAUGGCAUCAUCAUGUUAUGGGAAACCGACUUUACCUGGUUUCUUUGGAACACGUUCUUCGAUUACGCAUCAUACACUUCGGGUAUUGCGUGGAUGGCCCUUUUCGGGUUCGAUAAGAUCAAAGACGGCAUUCAAAAGUUUCUACGACGUCGUCGAAGCAAGGGCUCGGAAAAUAUCGCCGAUCAAUACAACGACCAGCUCAACGUUCUCCAAAGGGCGUAUAAAGAUGUGCCGCUUUGGUGGUACAUAACCUUGUUCACCGUUCAUUUCAUCGUAUUGGUUACUAUUGUCGCCAAGGGCGUUCUUUUCAUCCCUAUCUGGACGUACUUCGUGGCUAUUGCAACAGGUGCGCUUCUGGUUGUUCCUCUUGGGUGGCUGUAUGCGCUAUCGAACUUCCAAUUGCCAAUCGGCACUACCAACGAGCUGUUAUAUGGUCUGAUGGUGAACGCUGUUUCCGGCUUCAAGAACCCCUGUGGAGCAUCCACUUACGGCUCUAUCGCUGGAGACGCGUGGUAUCGAGCUCAGUUACAGCUACAGGACAUGAAAAUUGGACAUUACAUGCACAUCCCACCGCGCGAUGUUUUCUUCUCACAGGUGUUCGGGUCAUUCAUUGGCGUUCCUAUCAAUUAUGCUGUCAUCAGAUGGGUUUUGGACACGAAGUCCGAUUAUCUAAGCGGAGCAGUAGACGACCCGACACAUCAAUGGACCGGACAAGCCCUUGCAUCAUCUCUUACCCUCGGCGUACAAUACGUACUGAUUGGACCUAAGAGACUCUUCCAGACUGAGAUCUACAGGCCAUUGCCCUACGGAUUUCUUCUCGGUGCCGGCGCACCACUUGUCAUUUAUGCAUUGCACCGGGCCUUCCCACGCGCCAAGUUCCACUUGUGGAAUACGACAAUCUUCUUUUCAAUGAUGUCUAACUUCUACGGCAACAUCAGUACGGGAUAUGUCUCAAGCUUUAUCGGCGGCUUUGUUGUCAUGUACUGGGCUUACCGCUACCGUUACGAACUGUGGGCGCGGUGGAACUACAUCUUGGCAGCGGCUUUUGAUGCCGGAUUCAACUUCAACAUGUUGCUGAUCUUCCUGUGCUUCGGAGCCGGCAAGAUCGUCACCAUGCCAAAUUGGUGGGGGAACAAUGCUGAUAGCAGCGAGAGAUGCUGGACACUGCCUAGUGACUCAUCCGUAGGUAGUGCAACUGAAAUUUCAACAAGUCUGGUACUCUUAGCCGGAAGUGACGACUCCUGGACCCUAGCAGAGCAGCUGUCAGACGAACUCUCGACACUUGCCUCACAAGACUACCAAGGCCGCAACGCCCUGCACGCGGCCUGUGGCGUUGGGAAUCUAUCCUUUGUCCAGGAACUACUGAAGAACCAGGAUCUAACGAAGGACCUCAUUAACAAGACGGAUCACGACGGCUGGACCCCACUGCACUGGGCGUGCCGUUCCAGGCGAUCCGAUCUCGUCAAGCUCCUACUUCAACAUGGCGCGACGACCACGGAGCAGAGCAUCCGCCCCACUGGCUGGCUGCCGUACCAUGUCGCCGUCUACCAUGAGUGGGUGGCCGAGGCGCCCGGCGCACUCAAGGUCGACGAUGCCGGCGGAGGCCAUCUGCGACCGACCGAGCCUGGAUAG